GAAGAACCUUAUUGAGUAGAAUGUGAGCUAGCUCAUAUAUUUAUGCUUGCUUUGGAUGCCUGGCUACAGAGAAUUUAAUCUAAAUUAUCAAGUUAAAGUAAUCACGAUAACAGUAGGUUGAUUGAUAACGUAAAAGUAAUCUAAUUACAGGGAAUCUUUUGAAUGAAUAGAUGUAUAGAUGAAUCAUAAAGUUGUUGAUACAGCUAAUGUGGAAUUGAGGCAUAACAAAUUUGAUUUAUUAAUGAAACCAACACGAAGCAAUUUUAUUUGCUCGAUAAAGUCAGAUUAGCUUUUCUUUGCUAGUGGACAAGUUUGAUUUUUGAGGGAGAAUGAGGCCCCUCUCUUUGGUACCUUUUAUUCUCUGCAAUAACAAGGAGCAGUAUUUUCCAACCAAGUAUGUCUUCUUUUUUCCCUUUUCUCUCUUUUUUACUACACCCUAGUAGACAAUAAAAGCCAUGGCACGAAUCAAAAUCACUUUCUUGGAAGAUACUUAUUCCGGUAUAAAGUAGAGGCGUAGAAAAUGUUAACAUCUUAUUUUUCUUUUUGGAAUUGCUUAUAAGAGUUUGCCACAUUCAACCCUCAAUGGUUUGGUUAAUGAAGUGGCCUGAGGUCUCAAAUUUGAACUCCAGAGACAAAACACUAGGUAAUUACUUUCCACUUGUUCUAGCCUUGAUGGACAAAGUUAUUUGAUAUCUAUUGCUAAUACCAAGUGACAAAAUAUGUUGUCCGAGUGUGCACCAGCAGGUUUGGACACCACAAUUAUUAAAAUAAAUAAGAAAGAGUUUACCACAUUCAAUAAGUGGUUUCCUGUAGUUUGUAAAUUAAAGUUGAAAAUCUUUAUCCUAUUCCAAUUUGCAGAAAAGCUGCUAAAUACUACUACUGUAGAUGAUGGUAGAUGUUGAGCAUUCUCCUUCUCUGCUGUCGAAUCUAUAUGAUUAAUGAUUUACUGUAGUUGGUUGGACUUUGUGUUCCUUAUGAUACCCAAUUAUUGCUUGUGGAUAUUUAACUACUACCGCAUAUAUUCGUAGCUAUUUUUUCUUCAUUUUCCCUUUUAGUUAUAGUUUAUUUGAUUUAAGUAACCAAGACAUUUAACACUGUCUUGUACUAUCAAUACAGAUGCACAACGUUACUGUAAGGAUCAGGGACUUGAAUAUUGAUCUUUUGCUUCUUCAUUUUUCCGUUGUUAAAUGUUGAAUGUCGUAUUUCUUCCUACUUUGAUUACGUAAUUAAUAGUAGACAUAAGGCUAAAGAGAGAGCCAAAAAAGGGAGAAAAAAUAUGACAUUUGUUUCGUAAAAACCUAGUUUGACAAGGAAAACACCCCUCCUAUUAAAUUAAAUGUUAUAAACAGAAAAUCCGUAAUAAGUAAUUGCUAUGUAUUUUUUUUUAUUGUUGGUAAAAGAUGAUGAUGGCAAUAUUGGUAAUAAAGAAAAGAUCCAAGUGCGUUGUUGUAGGAGAAAUUUGAUAAGUGUCGGUCCAUAGAGUCUUUGUCUUUGUCUUGUCAGCCAAUGGCUAAAAAUCCAAGUAAUUUGGUAGUGACAUUGCUCGCCUUCACUCUUGUGAUGCUCAUUUGGAAUCUCCAACCUUACUACGAUACCAUCCUUAAUCCCCCUGCAUCCUCCAACAUUACCGACCCUAACAAACGAACCUUCAUUACUUACGGCAAUGCCGCCUCUCUCUUCGUCCAGAUGGGAGCCUAUCGCGGCGGUCCCACUACUUUCGCCGUCGUCGGUCUCGCUUCCAAGCCGCUUCACGUCUUUGGCCGCCCAUGGUAUAAAUGCGAGUGGAUCCCCAAUACCAAUACCAACUCAUCUAAGGCCAAAGCCUAUAAGAUCCUCCCUGACUGGGGUUACGGCCGUGUCUACACUGUGGUGGUUGUGAACUGCACAUUUACUGUUAAUCCUAACGUUGAUAAUAACGGAGGGAAGCUCAUUCUCUACGCUUACUAUAGUGAGUCACCCAAGAGAUACGAGAAAAUCACAGCAUUGGAGGAAGCACCAGGGUCUUACAACCAAUCCAAGUUCAGCCCGCCAUAUACCUACGAGUAUCUGUAUUGCGGUUCCUCCUUGUAUGGGAAUUUGAGUGCAUCUAGGAUGAGGGAGUGGAUGGCCUAUCACGCCUGGUUUUUCGGGCCCAGCUCCCAUUUCGUGUUUCACGACGCCGGCGGGGUGUCAUCCGAGGUAAGGGCCGUGCUGGAGCCGUGGGUACAGGCUGGUAGGGUCACGCUUCAGGAUAUAAGGGACCAAUCCGAGUUCGAUGGCUACUAUUACAACCAGUUUUUGGUGGUGAAUGAUUGCCUCCAUCGCUACAGACACUCUGCCAAUUGGACCUUCUACUUUGAUGUUGACGAGUACAUAUAUCUUCCUGAUGCCAACACUACUCUCGAAUCUGUGUUAAGAGACUUCUCCAACAAUACUCAGUUCACCAUUGAGCAAAAUGCCAUGUCCAGCAUCCUCUGUUUGAACAAUUCCACUCAAAACUAUUCCAGGCUGUGGGGCUUUGAGAAGUUGUUGUUCAGAGACUCGAGAAGUAACAUUAGGAGAGAUCGCAAGUAUGCCAUACAGGCAAAAAAUGCGUAUGCAACAGGUGUGCACAUGUCGGAAAAUGUAGUAGGAGGGACUUUGCACCAGACAGAAACUAAGAUCCGCUACUAUCAUUAUCACAACUCCAUCACGGUACAUGAGGAGCUGUGUCGUGAGUUUUUACCCAUGUCUGCUAAGCAUAACAUAACCUGGUUCGAUAAGGUACCCUACGAAUAUGAUGACAGCAUGAAGAAACUCACCCAAACCAUCAAGGAUUUUGAGCGAAAUACUAUCAAUAUUAAUGCAGCUCCCGACCAUACCAAAAACUCAUAGGACCAGUUAUUUCACCCUUACAUAGUACAGCAGUAUUGUACCGAUAAUUUUAGUUACCACAGUGAAGAGAAAGAAACUGGUGAACAAGUGUUUCAGUAGUAGUGUUCAUCCCUACUCCUAGUUCUUGCAACUCCUGCAGGGUCACCACACUUUAUUUCUGCUGGCUGGAUUUGGUUAUUAAUAUCAAAUCAUUCAUUUGUAUCCACAAAUUGCAAAGUUAGGUUUAUUGGUUGAUUUGGGAAAAGAGAGAGAUGAGGAUUUGUCUGUAAAUGGUAAUCGUUAACAUUUUCUUUUGCGACUACAAUUCACUUCUUUCCUUUUCAUAUUCA